AUGAUAAAAAACAACAAGCGGGCUACACAUUGUCUACUACCGAGUCCGGCACCAUUGCAAUUGCGGACAGACAUUUCCUGGGACAUAAAUGAUGUGAUUAUACCAAUUGUUGAUAAAUUCGAUGAGUUUGAUGAGUGGGUCGACGGGCAUCGACGUCUGGUGUAUUCGGCAUCUAAUGAAGACGCUAAGAAGCAUUUGUCUGGCUGGGCCAUGCGUAACACAAACAAUCACAAUAUUAAUAUUUUAAAGAAAAGCUGUUUAGGCGUACUUUAUUGCACAGCCAAAUGCAAAUUAUCAAAUGGUAACAGCAUAAAUUUGCGACCUGCAAUUUGUGAUAAAGCUCGGCGUAAACAACAGGGUAGACAGUGCCCUAAUCGAAAUUGUUCAGGUCGACUGGAAAUACAACCUUGCAAAGGGCACUGUGGAUAUCCAGUCACUCAUUUUUGGCGUCGGACUAAUAAUGCCAUUUUGUUUCAAGCAAAAGGAACCCACGACCAUCCAAAACCAGAAGCAAAGGGUUCAACUGAAACAAGGCGCCUCUUUGGCAGCAGUCGACGAGCUCGAAAUUCAUCUAUAAUGCUUACUCAUGGAAAAAUAGCACGCAAUUUAGACAGUAAACACCAAAGUAUUACGGGAUGCUUGAUAAAUACACCUAUUAGCUUGAAAACUGAAGAAAAAGCACAGCAUACUUCAAAUUAUUGUGGUAUUCCUGAUACCUGUCACAACGUCUUUCCAUUAGCUCAAAACGAAAAUAACCCAGAACAGCCUAUGAUUUUGCCAGCUAAUGCUACAUCUUUUAUGUCCUCAAAUUUAUGCUUUAAUUCUGCAACAUUUACGAGCAACUCGAACUUUAGCCAAUUAACCUCUUCAUCUAAUUAUCAUAGGCAAGACAAUACUUCCUAUGCAAUGCUCGAAAAUAGUCCAUCCCCAGCAGCUGUAUCAUCUUCAGUUUCCCUCUAUUAUUCACCCAUGCAACGACAACAGAAACAUUUUUCCGGCAAAAUGAAAACAAUCGAUUCAAAUGCGACAAAUGAUGCCCAAUUUCAUACCCCGGUAUAUCAUGAUUCACAUCGUGGUAUUAAUGAAAACUACGAUGACACAUCUAGUGUGACUUCCAGUUCUGGGUAUAACUCAGACGAUUAUUACUAUUCCUGCUUUGUACCAUGUUCUUCGUCUUCCAACGCAUUUUCUAUUUCAAACAACCAACGACAAGAAUUGGCCAGAUCGGUUGCCUACUUCGCUGCGCAGACCACUGAAAUAUUUAAUACAGUAUUUGAGCCCACACCCAUGCAACAAAUUCCCUUUUCUCAUGUCUCGAGAGAUCUACAUACAGCUUGUAUUGAGGAAUACCAAAACCCAAACUCUUCAGGAAAAGAGGCCGAUAAUUACCAAAUACAGUACCAGUACGCAGCCGACAGCAAUGCCAAUUCCGAGUUUUACUAUUGUAAUUCCGGUAAUGAUAAUGGCUCUUGGAAUGUUUGUAUUUAAAUAUGAUCUAAUAAAAAAUUGUGAAACAAGAAAGAACUAGCUGAAGAUUCUUUACUUGAAUAGUUAUAUCUGAAUAUUUAGGCAUAUUUAUACACUGACGUCGAUUUUAUUUUGCAAGGAUAACAUUUUUAUUGAACCACGUUCGGCGAGGCAAAAAGCCAGUAAAAUUUGCGCUGAGAGAGCACAAUUUUGACAUUUCGUCAUAGGCUAGUCCUUACCGAUUUUGCUCUCCGAACAGAGAUCCGUAGUUUUCUUGAUAAAAAAAUCCACCAUCCAGAAGUACACCGGCUAUAAAUACACAGAUAACGGUUGCAUGUUUGUAAGAAUAUAAAAAAUCGAAGAACUAGAAGAGUAGACAUACUCAUCUCGGCGGAUAACUCUAGUAAUAUUUAAGGUAUCUUGAGGAAAAUUGAUAUACGGGUUCAAUCGACAUAAGAAUGAUUGGUAUUAGGGGAAAUCCGAUAAUCCCAAUUCGCUAUUACCUUUUAGCUUAUUAGUUUAAUAUAUAAUGUUAUGUUUGUACAUACUUGUAUUUUCACAUUUCUAACAGAACCAUUAUAUGUAUGUAUAUUCAAG